AUGGCCUCUAACCAGCCUCCAGAUAUAGUUAAAUCUAUCUGUAACAACAAAGAUAAAGAGCCUGACAACGAGUCUCAAAGUGAUCAAAGACUCGAUAAAUCAAAAUAUGAAGACAAAGUUAGUCGAUCUUACUCUGAUUGCGAACAAAGUGAAAUAUCGAUGGAUCCUGGGGUCCGUGAAGACAUGGAAAGAUUCCAGGAAACAAUUCGAGGAAUAAGUGAACGGUUUCGGCUUAUUAGUCGGAUUGGAGAGGGGACUUUUUCGACUGUUUACAAAGCGCAGGAUCUUCUUUACGACAAGUAUGAAAAUUCUUGGGACAAACAAGAACGAGAUGACGCAAAAUAUGAUUCACCACCCUCAAAGAAGCGUCGUAUAAAUUCAACAACUCCCGAUUGCACAAGCGGCUAUUUGCCCAGAUCGAAGCCAAGAUUUGUUGCCAUCAAAAAAAUAUACGUCACCAGCAGUCCUAGUCGCAUUCUUAACGAACUAGAACUACUCACCGACCUAAGUCAUUGUGACUCUGUCUGUCCUCUGAUCACAGCGUUUAGAGAUACCGAUCAGGUCGUCGCUGUACUGCCCUACUUUCGGCACACCGACUUCCGAAAUUAUUUUCGCGAUAUGACGGUGUCAGACAUGCAAAUUUAUUUCCGUUCGCUCUUCAAAGCUCUAGCUACAGUGCACGAAAAGAAUAUAAUACAUCGUGACAUCAAGCCAACCAACUUCUUAUAUCAACCCACAAAGAGAAAAGGUGUUUUAGUUGACUUUGGUCUAGCCGAAAGACAAGGAAUUGACUCGAAAUCAUGUCUUUGUACGGAGCCCCAGUUAGAGAGGCGUCGACGAAUCACACACAGUGUGACUGCCGCUGUAGGAUCAACAAAUGGUUACCUCAAAAAUGAUCCUCGGCCCUCCAGGCGGGCUAAUCGCGCUGGUACCCGAGGAUUUCGAGCUCCGGAGGUCCUAUUAAAGUGCACAAAUCAGACAACUAAAAUCGAUAUUUGGUCAGCCGGUGUCAUACUUCUUACCAUACUUUCUCGACGUUUUCCAUUCUUCAAUAGCGCCGAUGAUGUGGAAGCCAUGAUAGAAAUUGCAACAAUAUUUGGGGUGAAACGCAUGAAGCAAUGCGCUCUUCUCCAUGGAACUGUGUUCCAAACCAAUAUUCCAACUAUAGGCACUCAGGGAUUUUCCCUCGAGAAAAUUAUUCUGUGGAGCACGUGCAGGAAUCAUAGUGUCGACGGUAAGCUGGAAAAUCCUCUAAACCAAGGUGAACGGCUUGCCAUUGACUUCCUCGAGAAAUGCCUUGAACUCGAUCCAAGCAAAAGAAUCAGUGCUCAAGAAGCUCUCGAACAUGAAUUCCUAAGAUCUGAAGAGGUUAUCGAUUCGGUAAACAGCUAA